AUGAAGCUCCUUAGCAUUGUAUUCCUCCUCAUGGCUGUGGUAUCAGCUUCGCCCACAACUCCCUCCAAGACCUUCGACAAGCGCGCAACCACCACCUGGUGCGAAGCCUUUGGGUCCCUCCAAACAGCCGGAUAUACCAUCUACCACAACAAUUGGGGACGCGGCGAAGCAGCGUCCGGAGAACAGUGUACAACAUUCAACUCGUACAAGAGCGGUUCUUUCUCCUGGUCCACCAAAUGGACAUGGGCCGGAGGCAACAUCCACGUCAAAUCGUACUCCAACGUUGCCCUCGAGAACAUCAACAAAAAAGUCUCGGCGAUCAAGUCCAUUCCUACAAAAUGGACAUGGCGAUACACGGGAACAAACAUGGUCUCUGAUGUUGCGUACGAUCUCUGGCUUGCGCCUUCAGUCGGUGCCAGCAACAAGUAUGAGGUUAUGAUUUGGGUGGGUAGCUAUGGUGGUGCUGGACCUAUUUCUGAUCAUGGUUCUACACCUCUUGUGACUUUGACUAUCAAUGGGUCUCAGUGGAAGCUAUUCCGUGGACCUAAUGGCGAUACAACUGUGUACUCUUUUGUGUCGACGAAGAAUCUGGGCAACUUCCAAGGCGAUCUUCUUCCCUUUCUUACGUAUCUUACUAAGAGCCAGGGUGUUCCGAGUAGUUAUGUUGCUACUAGCUUCCAGGCUGGUACUGAGCCCUUUGUCGGAGGCGUUGUUGUUACAAUAUGGGUCUUGGGCCCAGCAACUAUCCACCGACAUUACCAACCCAGCCAUGGCCUAGACCAGUUUGAACACCGGCCCCAGGACAUUCACAGCUCGACAAACUCUCUCCAGGCCUGGUCAGACGCAUCUACAGCCGAUACCUCGGAGAUUGUUAACGGUAAACCCAGACGUUCAACCGAAGCCACACGAUUAAGCUUAUUUGAGGACGACAGCUCACCAAUCAUACCUGAGCUUCCUACCCACGGAGGUAACCCACCCCUGGUCGGCGCAUGA